CCCCACCCCCCUACCCUCCAACAAAGUUUUAUCAAAUGUGGGAUUUUCCCAUGAGUCUCAAAAUUAGAGUCUCAAGCCCCAAUAAAUAUGACUGGAGAUGUCUGAGGCUCAUUCCACCCUUGAGCCAUCCAGGAACGAAAGAGAGCUCCAUCUGCCCUCCAAGAACCCAGCUAUGAAAUCCCUCUCCGCACGCGCCUUCUCUCUGGGGCUGCUCCUGGUCGUGGCUACUGCAUUCCCCACCCCAGAACCUCUGGAAGAAGCAGCCAAAGAUGAUGCUACCCCAGACAAGCCAUCACUCACCACUCCAGAGCAAACAGAAGGACUCAUGAAGCACCUCAUGUCAAAGAUCGACCAACUGACAGAGCAGCUGUGUGGCGACAGUUCCAAGUGUGGAGAUGCCAAGGAGGCACUGACAGAAAACAACCUGAAGCUUCCACAGAUAACAGAACAAGAUGGAUGCUUCCAGUCUGGAUUCAGUGAGGACAGUUGCCUGGAAACUAUCACCUCUGGACUUGCAGCGUAUCAUGUAUACAUAGAGUACAUUGAGGACAAGUUUGAGGGUGAUUUGAACAGUGCCAGAGCUUUGGAUAUGGGCGUCAAAUAUCUGAUCGAUAUCCUGAAGGAAAAGAUAAAGAAUGCGGAGGCGGUCACCACCCCUAGCCCAACGGCAAACGCCAAACUGAUAGAGGAUCUGGAGUCCCAGGAUGAGUGGGUGCAGCACACUGCGAUUAACAUCAUCCUGCGCAGCCUUAAGGAAUACCUGCAGUUCAGCUUGAGGGCUAUUCGCAGCCACAGGGCGGACAACUAAACUAAGAUUGUUGUA